GCGGGCGGCAAUGGUCGAUUUUUAAAAGGAAGGCGGGCAUGUGCUGGUUGUCGGCAUAUGAAGGUCGAGCGCCCCUAUCCCAGGCAUGUCGGAACACACAUCUGCAGUGGUCACGUGCGAGGGCGGCUGCAGAGGUGAAUUUCAUGGCUGACGUGCAGAGGAGAUUGCCUCUGCUGGUACUUGCUGUCGUCGUCUUCCUGAUUGUCGUCUUCCUCCACGUGUGUUUGUCGUGGCGGCCGUGGAAACAACAACGCAAGAGGAGGGCUUCGAAGAGACAGGCGGCAGGGGAACGUCUAAUGGCGGGCAUGCAGGCAUGAGCGGCAACUGAUGCAGGUCAGGGAGGAGUUCGAACUUCGGCGGCGGAGCCUCCAAGGCGGUACGACCCGUCCAUGUACACCUAUCUGGAGUCGUGGGAGACGCCACUGCCCCCGUCGGACGAGGAGCCGGAGAAGGAAGAACUUUCAACAUUGCCUCUCGCCAGCGGCUCGACUCGGUUGUGGUCGCAGACGGUGCGAGCAGGCGGGUCGGCUGCCGACGAAGGGGGCGAGUUUACGUCACUGCUGCAACAAGGGUUGCGGGACGACGACGGCGGAGGAGUUGAUCUGAGGUUCGGGUUGUGUUCUGGCGGCGGCAAGGAGGCAAGCCGUACGUUCAUCAUCGAUGGAGAUCGUUCGGCACGUGGUCUUGAACAUGGUGGAAGUCUGCAUACAGAGUUGUCCACACUUCGUCGCGCUGCACUCGUGACUGGCGCGGUCGGGCCAUCGUCAGCGGGACGGAAGCAUGGAUCGACUGCUCCGUCCGUCGAGCGAUUGACACCGACCUGGCCCGCACGCACUGGGGUCGCAACAGGGUCCCUGAGCAUGGGCGGUGCACGUUCGCCGAUGCCUGCGUGCACAACGCCGAUCGAAUCCGAAGUGAGGGACGAGGGAACGUGCAUAGCGCCGAUACGUCCACGCCCCACUGUGGAGAACAUAACACGUGGAGUGUCCAACAUGCGGGCGCACAGCGAUGGCGGCGAAGACGACGGUGGAUUCGGUGACGAUGCAGAUGAAGGGAUGAGGGAGGACGUGGAAGCGGGGGACGACGAUGACGAUGUUCCUAUUCGGCCUUUGGGGAAGACGGGUGGGAGGGGGAAAGGACGCGGCAGAGGUGGUGUCCGUGGUCGAUCCGUUGCCCAAGACCAAAUGCCCCUGGUGCGAUGCAAGCGGGAGCAAGAUAUGCACCUCGCCGGCUUGACUCACAAUUACAGGCGGAUAAAGACGAAAGAGUGGAAGUGGGACGACAUGUCGAACUUAAAGCGGAUGGCGAAUGCAGGGAGGCCGAAGGACGCUGACGAGUGCAUGAAGAAGUGGGACAAUCUGUUCCAGAACUACAAGAAAAAUCAGAGGUUUCAGAAUGCCAGCGGCCAGGCAAAUUUUUUCAGGCUGACGAACGAAGAGGGGAAGGAGCACAACUUCAAGUUCCGGAUGGACAGGGCACUGUACAACGAGAUCCACAUAGGCAUGGUGGGGAACCACACGAUUUUCCCUCCCAACGUUGCCGACACCGGCAGUCCGGAGGGGGUGCAGCUGCCCAGGCGAGGAGCGGGUGGCGGGGAGUCUGUUUGUAGUGAGGCGGCAGGUGAAGGCUGCCCUGAAGAACGUUCUUCUGCGAGGGAGUCCGACAACAACGCAGGCAGCGGGGCGGGAGGUGGGAAGCGGAAGAACGCGCGUCUGCAGGCAUUGGAGUCCAUCGCUGAUGACAGGCAUGGCGGUCGCACCUGUCGCCGUCGUCGUUCCAUUUUCCCGCCACGUGGACGCGACGUCGUGGACGGUCCAUCUGCUACUUUCAUCCCAGUGGUGCGCAUCCGGAGCCGCAUAAAUGUCGUCCGCACGAGGGUGAGUCCACCACCGAAGCCCGCCACACCAGCUGCACACUUCCCGCCACGCAUCUACAGUAGCACAAUGCUUUUCACCGGGGAUAAUUGUGGCCUCCUCCACGCUUCCAUGUCCACAGCCUUCGAGGACCACCGCCGUCACCAUUGCAGCCAUCUCGUGACGUGGACGUCGGCCGUCACAACGCAGGCAGCGGGCCGCUCUCACAACAUCGUCCACGAAACCAAAGAGUACUUUGUCGCCAUCGCCAGCGGCCUUCCGCCACCUGACCUUCCACUGAGCGUUGUCCUCCCCAAAUCUAGCACAAGGGUGGCGAGGAUCGCCGACCAAUCACAGCUCCAACAAGCGAUCUCCCGUGCGGCGGCGGUGGAGAAUAUAGCUCUGCGCAUCUUGCACGGCUGGGUUUUCAAGUCCGGGAACUGCCCAAGGGGGUACCACCUUGCUUUCCAGUACUCGUUGGAGUCCGUAGUGACGGACAUUGCGUGUGCAAUGUGGUACGGCGAGGAGUGGUGCAACGUCGUCAGCGCGACGAUCCGCGCCCACACGAUAGAUCUGAACAUGAACCUUCCACUGUGGUACGCCGGCGCGAAUAUCGAGGACAGACCUGAGGACGACAACAUGGCGGCGCACCAGGAGUCCACCGUCAUCCGCAUCGUGCAUUCAUUCCGCGCGGCGGUGCAAAUGGGCGCUCACAUCGACGGCGAUUUCAUCUCCUACGAGCGUCUAUGUAGGGUGGCUGACUGCUUCAGGCUGUUGCUGGCGGCGUCCAUGUGGAUAAUGCGCAUGGCGGGAGACGAUCCGUGCAGCCACUACGAAGCAUUUUACUUCGAUCUCGUCGCCAGGCCGACACUAGUCACCUCCAUGCAUCGCUCCUUCGAUCAUCGACGAUCUGUUGUCCGCACCACGAACGUCGUCACAGAGAGGCUUGGGAAGGCGAAAGCCACACUCGGAGUGUGCCUCGACUACAUCCCUGAUUGGGCACCAUGCGGCAUCGGAUUUGCGCACGAAGCGAGCAUCAAGGGGCCGGAGGAUGCAAAGAGGCUGGAUUGGUUGGGUCCGGGCCCCCCCGAUGAUGGCAACAAAGGCGAAGGAAAAGGCUGUCGUGUGAUUGGACUGUCGUGCGUGGCGCACCUGUUUAGCGUGUCCGCCGCCGGGAUUCGCCAGAAUCCUCCUUCAUCAUUGUGCACAGGUUUACUGUGGCGCCCGUGGCAUAAGCACGGGUUGAUCGAUUUCGAUUGUGUAAUUGUAGUUUCGGUGGUUACCUUGUUGGCCGGAGGGAUUCGCUAGAAUCUUCGAUGGUUGCGUAGCUGUGUAGUGUGUCGCCCAGCACAAG